AUGUCACCGACACUCCCCUUUAAGCUCAAGAAUCCGGACCUGCUGCGGCAAGACGCGUACAUCCAUGGCAAAGCAGUCACUGCAAAAUCAGGCAAGCGCUUCGAUGUCAUCGACCCGGGCUCCGACCGUGAGUGGGCUUCGUGCCCUGAUAUGGCACCCGAAGAUGUCGCCGCCGCAAUUGAGUCUGCGCACCAAGCCUUUCAAUCAUUUAGCACUAUGAGCUCCCGCACGCGCUCGAAACUACUGAUCAAAUGGCACGAGCUAAUUGUGGAAGCCAAAGAAGAUAUCGCCACGAUUCUCACAUAUGAAACAGGCAAGCCGAUCGCUGAGGCCUACGGAGAAUUGGACUACUCGCUCGGGUUUCUCUGGUGGUUUGCUGGCGAAGCUGAACGCAUCCAGGGCUCUGUCUUUACACCGUCCGCUGUCGACCGACGGACCUUUGUCAUUAAGCAACCGAUCGGAGUUUCAGUCGCUCUUGUACCCUGGAACUUCCCCAUUGCCAUGAUCCUCCGUAAGGUCGGUGCUGCUUUCGCAGCCGGAUGUCCUAUGGUAGUGAAACCGAGCCCGGAGACGCCGUUGACCUGCCUGACACUAGCUCACCUAGCUACCCAAGCCGGUUUCCCACCAGGCGUACUGAACGUUCUCACCACGAGUCUCGACAAUACGCCCAGCGUAAGCGAGGCAAUGAUGAUACACCCGCGGGUAAAGAAGGUUACAUUUACCGGGUCGACACGUGUAGGCAAGAUCGUGGCCACGACCUGCGCUAAACACCUAAAGAAGUGUACCCUCGAGUUAGGUGGCAACUGCCCCUUUAUCGUCUUUGACGAUGCCAAUCUCAAGCAAGCCCUAGCUCAAUUUAUGGCCUUGAAAUGGCGCCAUGCCGGGCAGGCAUGUAUUUCGGCAAAUCGCCUCUACGUCCAGGCUGGAGUAUACGAGAGGUUCACCCAAAUGUUGGUGGACGAGACGGCAAAAAUCAGUGUCGGGCAUGGUGCAAAGAAAGGCUCGACCAUGGGUCCAGUCACAACCCCGCGAGGCCUCGCCAAGGCAGAAGCCCAGGCUGCCGAUGCCAUUAAGCACGGCGCUCAGCUCGUGCUCGGAACGGGUAAAGCUUUGAAGAAUAGUAUAGAAGUCGAAGGGUCAGACCAAGGGCAAGGUGUCGGAGGCUACUUUAUGGAACCCACUAUUCUCAAAGAUAUGAACGGAGAAAUGUUGAUGGCGUCAGAAGAGACCUUCGCUCCUGUCUGCGGAAUUUUCAAAUUCGAAACCGAGCAGGAAGUGGUCCGCUUGGCCAACGAUACCUCUUUAGGCCUCGCGAGCUAUGUAUUCACCAAGAAUGUCGAUAGGGUGUGGAGGAUGUUCGAAAAGCUGGAAGCUGGCAUGAUCGGACUGAACACAGGCAACUCCUCAGCGGCAGAGUCGCCGUUUGGCGGAAUCAAGGAAAGUGGGAUGGGCAAAGAGUCAGGGAAAGACGUGGCCGUCAACGAGUACUUGAUCACAAAGACCGGCACUUUGACCCUCGACGGUUAA